AAGGCUCAUGUCUUACAUCAGGGGUGAGACAGUUAUUUCCACACUUGGAUGACUGUUGUCCCAGCCAACCUGACUAAUUUUGGUUUUGGUUUUCUUUUUUGUUUGUUUGUUUAUUUAUUUAUUAACCUACUUGUUUAUUUUGAGGUGGUGGGUAUGAAAUUCAGGGCUUUAUAUGUUUUACACAGACAUAAUACUGUAGAGCUAUAUUUCUAGGUUUUAUUUAUUUGUGUAUUCCUCUAAAGCUCUGGCAGGGCUGGUAAUCAAUCAUAUAUCCUAGGAUGGCAAUAUUGGUGCUCCAGCCUUCAGCACGCUGAGAUUACACCUAUACACCCACACACCAAACUCUGGCCCUGGGUUUUCUUAUUAGAGCAACAGAUUAGUGAAUAGACUGGUUGGGUUUGGGAAGGGUAUGGACGAUUCAGGGUUCUUCCUUCCCUACAAGGCCCUUUCAGCUCAUAAGAGGAUCAGCUUCUGUUCAGACCCGGCUACGUGCCUCAUCUCUGGCAGUUUGUUAAAGUCCCAGUCCCCACAAGGCAAACCAGAACUGUUUUCUACUCCAGCUUCCAGCCAAGCUAGGCCCUUACAGGACCCAGCCCUAAAGAGAGUGUGAUAUCCUAGAAUCCCAUCUACGCUUUCCACUCCUUAGGAAACACUGCUGUCUACUGGAAAAGUUGAAUCCUUUGCUCACACUCAUUAUCAAAGCCUUACAGCUAAAGUCUUCAACCAAAAGAGCCCUGAGUGGAAUGGGGGUGGGAUUCAGACCCAGUCCUUCCCUGUGCUCCAAUUCCUCAGUACAUAACUCCACAGCCUCUGUUUGUAGAUGGCCGAGGCCCUGCCCCCUUCCGCGCUGAUUGGCUGGCUCGGGUUCUGGGGGCGGAGCGUUCGCUGGUACUUAGCUAGGCUAGGGAAGCCAGCGGAAGUGGCUGCAGGAACUAUGGGAAUACUAAGGCUGGCCUCUGGUGUCUGUGCUGGUGGCGGGAGUGCUGGGUGGCUCUGGAUGGGCUCCUGCACCCUCGGUUCGCCUGUCCGGCCUGUUUCCUUUCUCUUUUGGUUGUUAUUGGCCACACCUGGCGCUUGGGCCGCGGGCUACGAGACAUGUCCCACAGUGAAGCCAGGCAUGCUCAACGUGCACCUGUUGCCUCAUACACAUGAUGAUGUAGGCUGGCUGAAGACAGUGGACCAGUACUAUUAUGGCAGCCUAAAUGAUAUUCAGCAUGCAUCUGUUCAGUUUAUCCUAGACUCAGUAAUCCCCUCUCUACUGGAGGAUCCCACCCGACGCUUCAUCUACGUGGAGAUGGCUUUCUUUUCCCGUUGGUGGAAGCAGCAGACAAAUGCAACACAAGAUAUCGUACGGAAAUUGGUGCACCAGGGGCGUCUGGAGUUUGUCAAUGGUGGCUGGGUGAUGAAUGAUGAGGGAGCCACCCACUAUGGUGCUAUUGUGGACCAGAUGACACUUGGGCUACGCUUCCUGCAAGACACGUUCGGUAGCAAUGGCCGUCCACGUGUAGCCUGGCAUAUUGACCCUUUCGGCCACUCUCGAGAACAGGCCUCUCUGUUUGCCCAGAUGGGCUUUGAUGGCUUCCUCCUUGGGCGCAUUGACUAUCAAGAUAAAUUUUUUCGGAAGAAGGAACUGAAGAUGGAGGAGGUGUGGAGGGCCAGUGCCAGCUUGAAUCCCCCAAUUGCUGACCUCUUUACUGGUGUGCUCCCCAAUAAUUACGACCCUCCGAAGAACCUGUGCUGGGAUGUGCUAUGUGCAGACAAUCCCAUUGUGGAGGAUCCUGAAAGUCCUGAGUACAAUGCAGAUACUUUGGUCAGUGACUUCCUGCAGCUGGCCUCUUUACAGCAACAGUAUUACCGAACCAACCACACUGUGAUGACCAUGGGUUCAGACUUCCAAUAUGAGAAUGCCAACAUGUGGUUCAAGAACAUGGACAAGCUUAUCCGCCUGGUCAACAAGCAGCAGCAGGCAGAGGGGAGCAAGGUCCAUGUUCUCUACUCCACCCCUACGUGUUACCUCUGGGAGCUGAACAAGGCCAAUCUAACCUGGUCUGUGAAGGAAGAUGACUUCUUUCCUUAUGCUGAUGGCCCCCACAUGUUCUGGACGGGCUAUUUUUCUAGCAGACCGGCCCUCAAACGCUAUGAGCGCCUCAGCUACAACUUCCUGCAGGUGUGCAACCAGCUGGAGGCACUGGCCGGUCCCGCAGCCAACGUGGGACCCUAUGGCACAGGAGACAGUGCACCCCUUAAGGAGGCAAUGGCUGUGCUCCAGCACCACGAUGCGGUCACUGGUACUGCAAGGCAGAACGUUGUAAAUGACUAUGCAAGGCAGCUGGCAGCAGGCUGGAGACCCUGUGAGGUUUUGGUGAGCAACGCUCUGGCACAGCUCAGCUUCUACAAACAGAACUUCUCAUUCUGCCGCGAGCUCAACAUCAGCAUCUGCCCAGUCAGCCAGAACUCAGAGCAAUUCCAGGUAACUGUUUACAACCCCCUGGGCCGGAAGGUGCAUCAGAUGGUCCGACUGCCAGUCAGUGAAGGCAUCUUCUUUGUGGAGGACCCUAAUGGAAAGACUGUGCCCAGUAAUGUGGUGAUACUUCCCAGCUCCUACAGUAAGAAGUACCGGUGGGACCUGGUGUUCUCAGCCUCAGUGCCUGCCCUGGGCUUCAGCAUCUACUCUGUGGUCAAGGUGACUGUCCAUAACUCCCAGGCCCAGAGCCUUCAGGCCAGCCCCAGGAGACCCAGGUCCUAUGUCUUGGCCAUUGAAAAUGAGUACAUCCGGGCUACAUUUGACUCUGAAACGGGGUUAUUGAUGAAGAUUGAAAACAUGGAACAGAACCUCUCACUCCCUGUGAGCCAAGGCUUCUUUUGGUACAAUGCCAGCACUGGUGAUGAGGAGAGCACUCAGGCCUCUGGUGCCUACAUCUUCAGACCCAGCCAUCUUGAACCACUGCCUGUAAGCCGCUGGGCUCGGAUCCAUCAGGUGAAGACAGCCUUGGUGCAGGAGGUACACCAGAAUUUUUCAGCCUGGUGUUCUCAAGUGGUUCGCCUGUACCCAGGACAGCGUCACUUGGAGCUGGAGUGGACGGUGGGACCAAUCCCAGUGAAAGAUAACUUGGGGAAGGAGGUCAUCAGCCGCUUUAACACCCCAAUGAAAACGAAUGGACAGUUCUACACGGACAGCAACGGCAGGGAAAUCCUGAAGAGGAGACGUGACCAUCGACCCACUUGGAGAUUAAAUCAGACUGAACCGGUGGCUGGAAAUUACUAUCCUGUCAACACUCGAAUCUACAUCUCGGAUGGGCACAUGCAGCUGACCGUGGUGACCGACCGCUCCCAGGGGGGCAGCAGUCUGAAGGAUGGCUCACUGGAGCUCAUGGUGCACAGAAGACUGUUGGUAGAUGAUGAGCGCGGACUUGCGGAACCCCUCAUGGACUCAGGGACCGGGAAAAUUGUGAGAGGGCGCCACCUUGUGCUUUUGAGUUCUGUUAGUGAUGCAGCCCAGAGGCACCGCCUGCUGGUGGAGAAGGAGGUCCUGGCCCCUCAGGUGGUGCUGGCUCAGGGUGAUGGCAGUCCCUAUUCCUCCAGGGCAGCACCAAGGAUGCAGUUCUCGGGACUUCGCCAGGACCUACCUCCCCAGGUACAUCUGCUUACACUAGCCCGCUGGGGACCAAAGAUGGUGCUGUUACGCUUGGAGCACCAGUUCGCUGUGAAAGAAGAUUCACAAGGCAACCUGAGCUCCCCUGUAACCUUGAACUUGCAGAACCUGUUCCAGGCCUUCACUAUCACCGACCUGCAGGAGACCACAUUGGCAGCCAACCAGCCCCUGUCCAGGGCUUCUAGGCUGAAGUGGAUAACAAAUACUGGUCCCAUCUCCUACCCUGCUCCUUCCAAGUUGGAUCCUACCUCAGUCACACUGCAGCCUAUGGAAAUACGUACCUUCAUGGCCAGGGUUCAAUGGCAAGAAUUCAGCUAGGCCUGCCAGGAGGAGGGGCUGAUCUCUCCCCUUUUCUUGCUGUAACCACUCACAAACAUCAUUAAAAGCCUUCUACUAAGACUCA